UUUCAUGAGCACAGAUCAGCUGUUCUCCAGAUAACGCCUCUCGCUCCCAGGCCUCAAGAUGAUGUGUGAGGUGAUGCCCACCAUCUCCGAGGACGGGCGAGGCGGAGGGGCGGGCGGCUCGUCCUCCCCGGCGGGCGGAGCAGGAGGAGGGAUAGGUGGUGGGGUGGGAGGCUAUGGCAGCCGAGACCCCCGUGGCGGUGGAGGAGGAGGCGGAGGGGGUGAUGAAGGAGGGAGCACGGGGAACCUGGAGUCUCUGAUGGUGAAUAUGCUGACGGAGAGGGAGAGGCUGCUGGAGAGCCUGAGGGAGACGCAGGACAGCCUGGGGACGGCACACCUUCGGCUGCGAGAGCUGGGACACGAGAAGGAGUCCCUGCAGAGACAGCUGUCAAUCGCCCUGCCACAGGAGUUUGCCGUUCUGACCAAAGAGCUGAACCUGUGCCGGGAACAGCUGCUGGAGAGGGAGGAGGAGAUCGCAGAGCUGAAGGCAGAGAGGAACAACACACGGCUGCUGCUAGAACAUUUGGAGUGCCUGGUGUCCCGCCACGAGCGCAGCCUGAGGAUGACUGUGGUGAAGAGGCAGGCCCAGUCUCCGGCCGGGGUCUCCAGUGAGGUGGAGGUCCUGAAAGCCCUCAAGUCCCUGUUUGAGCACCACAAAGCUUUGGAUGAGAAGGUCCGGGAAAGGCUCCGGGUGGCUCUGGAGCGCGUGGCGGCCCUGGAGGAAGAGCUUCAGACUUCCUCCCAGGAGGUUGUUUCUCUAAAGGAACAAGUCAAACGACGACAGCAAGGACUCGACAACGGCAAGGAGCGGCUUCCUAACGGGCCGUCCUCCAUUUUGGACGACGGAGAGGUGGACCGUCAGAGAGAGGGCGAGAUCGAGCGUCAGCGGUCGGAGCUGGGGCAGCUGAAGGAGCGGCUAGCCCUCAUGUGCAGACAGGUGGGUGAGAUCGAGGAGCAGCUCACGUCUGCCAGGAGGGAGCUGGCCCGAUCGGAGGAGGCCAACCAGAAGCUGCAGAGGGACCUGAAGGAGGCGCUCUGUCAAAGAGAAGACAUGGAGGAGAGGAUCACCACAUUAGAGCGCAGGUACCUGAGCGCCCAGAGGGAGGCGACGUCUCUCCACGACAUCAAAGACAAACUGGAGAACGAGUUGGCCAGCAAGGAGUCCCUCCAUAGACAGAGCGAGGAGAAGAACCGGCAGCUUCAGGAGCGUCUGGACGAUGCCAAACAGAAGCUGCAGCAAACCCUGCAGAGGGCCGAGACGCUGCCUGAGAUCGAAGCGCAGCUGGCGCAGAGGGUGGCGGCGCUCAACAAGGCAGAGGAGCGUCACGGCAACUUUGAGGAGCGGCUGCGACAGAUGGAGGCACAACUGGAGGAGAAGAACCAGGAGCUACAGAGAGCGAGGCAGAGGGAAAGGAUGAACGAUGAGCACAACAAGCGCCUCUCCGACACCGUGGACAAGCUGCUGUCCGAGUCCAACGAGAGGCUGCAGCUCCACCUGAAGGAGAGGAUGGCCGCCCUGGAGGAAAAGAAUGCUCUAUCUGAGGAACUGUCAAACAUGAAGAAACUCCAGGAUGAUCUGUUGGCGAACAAGGACCAGCUGAUAGCAGAGCUGGAGCGUCUUCAGCUUGAGGUGGACCAGCUGAGAGCUCGGCCUGGGGGCUCUUACUCCAGUCGCUCUCUGCCAGGUAGUGCCCUGGAGCUGAGGUAUUCCCACGGAGGCGGGUCCCUCCCUACAGGCUCCACUGCUCACCUGGAUCCCUUUAAUACCUCGGCCGGGAGCGUGGUCAGGCGAAGCCACCGGGCCCGCUGGAGCACCGCCCAUGAAGACGCGAGCAAGUACCCAGACUGGGAGAGCGGGGCUCUGUUGGCGACCGGGUACGAGCAGGGCAUGGACGUGGGCUGCUCCGAUGACGAGGACGACGGGGAGCCUCGCUUUAGUUCCGAGCUCCUUUCCCCCAGCGGACAGACGGACGUGCAGACACUGGCCAUCAUGCUGCAGGAACAGCUGGAGGCCAUCAACAAGGAGAUCAAGCUAAUCCAGGAGGAGAAGGAGAACACAGAGUUGCGGGCUGAAGAGAUUGAGAGUCGGGUCAGCGUGGCGUUAGACAGCCCGCCAAUCCCUCCCUCCUCCCUGGGCAGAGAUAGCACAGGACGGGGAUUCAUCCCAUCGUCCAUCACCUCCUCCACCCUGGCCUCCCCAUCUCCCCCCAGCUCUGGACACUCUACCCCUCGUUUGCCUCACUCGCCGGCCCGUGAAACUGAUAGACAGAACAACAAGGAGGAUGACCGAUCCCUCGCUCUGCUCGACUCUACGCCUCCUCCGACUCCUCGUGCGCUGCGAUUGGACCGAAUGGCUCUCACCCAUCCGGGAGCGAUGCUCGACGACCCCCGGGAGUUUCGCAGUCUUUCUGCGGACGGCAGCAGCUCCAACAGCAGCCAAGAUUCUCUACACAAGUCCAGCAAGAAGAAAAGCAUCAAGUCGUCCAUUGGUCGGCUGUUUGGGAAGAAGGAGAAAGGAAGGCUGGGCCAACCCGGGCGUGAUGGAUCUGCUUCUCUUGCAUCUACGCCCUCUGAAGACCUCAGCUCUGGAGACGCAAUGGGGAUAAACAAGACGGGAACUCUCGGCCCAGCAGAUAAAGAUCGUCGCAGCAAAAAGAAACACGAGCUUCUUGAAGAAGCUUGUCGCCAAGGACUUCCGUUUGCAUCAUGGGACGGCCCCACUGUUGUGUCUUGGUUGGAGUUGUGGGUAGGAAUGCCCGCUUGGUACGUCGCAGCGUGUCGCGCCAACGUGAAAAGCGGCGCGAUCAUGGCAAACCUGUCCGACACAGAGAUCCAGAGGGAGAUUGGCAUCAGCAACCCCCUCCACCGCCUCAAACUGCGGCUGGCCAUCCAGGAGAUGGUGUCCCUCACCAGCCCGUCUGCCCCAGCCAGCACUCGCUCUUCGACCAGUAACGUGUGGAUGACCCACGCAGAGAUGGAGUCCCUGAACGCUGCCACCAAGCCUCCGGAGCUGAAAGAGUUCAGCUGGGAUCAGAUACUGGCCUACGGCGAUAUGAAUCAUGAGUGGGUGGGCAACGACUGGCUGCCCAGCCUGGGCCUUCCACAGUACCGCAGCUACUUCAUGGAGUCCCUGGUAGACGCCCGCAUGCUGGACCACCUGACCAAGAAGGAGUUGAGAGGGCAGCUCAAGAUGGUGGACAGCUUUCACAGGGUCAGUUUGCAUUACGGCAUCAUGUGCCUGAAGCGCCUGAAUUAUGACCGUAAGGAGCUGGAGAGGAGGCGAGAGGAGAGCGCACAUCUGAACAAAGACGUGAUGGUGUGGUCCAACGAUCGCGUGAUGUGCUGGGUCCAGUGCAUCGGUCUGAAGGAGUACGCCGACAACCUCCGUGAGAGCGGCGUGCACGGCGCUCUGCUGGCGCUGGACGACACCUUCGACUACACCGACCUGGCUCUGCUGCUGCAGAUCCCCAACCAGAACACGCAGGCCCGGCAGCUCCUGGAGCAGGAGUACAACUCCCUCAUCUCCAUGGGAACUGAAAGACGACCCGAUGAGGAUGGAACGAAGACCUUCACCCGCUCACCCUCCUGGAGGAAGAUGUUUCGGGAGAAAGACCUUCGGGGCGUGACCUCUGACUCCGCCGAGACGCUGCCCGCCAACUUUCGUGCCUCAGCCAUCUCCACACCCUCCGUUACUCUGAGAAAGGUUCAGAGUGAUGCCAGCGCUGGUGCCCGCGGUGAAUCUGCCUCCGUGAGGACGUACUCCUGUUGAGCGGCGGAGGGCGCUGACUGGACUCGAGGACCCUCUCGCUCGUCGGUGAAGAAAGAAGCAAUGAGUACAAUACUAAACUUUAAAAGUGUCCGUUUGACCAUUCUGCAAUAACAGUAGCAAAGGGAUGAAGGGGAGAAUGACGUGAAGAAUGUAUCCGUGUAUUUAAGACGAGCUGAGUGCUGUUUCCUCUCUGAGCCCGUCUGUGGCGACUAAAGGACGAUGUCGGCGCGGGGUUUCUGUCGGGGUCCGCCCUCAGUCAGCAGUUUGGCAACAUCACGGCUCCUUUUCACACUUUCAGAGGAAAACCCCGACCGCCAUUCAUCGUUUCGCAGCUUGAAACAAGCGAACGUGUCAUCUUACAACGCUCUGCUCGACAAUACGUGCGUCUUGACAAAGG